CGAGGUAGCAUGGCGGACCCAUCAGUUCAACCCGGCAAGAGAAGACGCGAGGAGGAGGAGGAGAAGGAGAAGGAGGAGGAGUCGGUCCUGGCUCCUGGGCCAGGAGGCGAUAAAGAGCCCGUUGGGAACGGAACCGCCGCUUCCAGCCAUUUCCCUUUCUCUGGCUUCCGACUGCAGAAAGUGCUCAGAGAGUCUUCGCGGGAUAAAAUAAUUUUCCUCCACGGGAAGGUAAACGAGACCUCAGGGGAUGGAGAAGGGGAUGAUGCAGUUGUUAUUCUUGAGAAGACUCCCUUCCAAGUGGACCAGGUGGCUCCGCUCCUGCUUGGGAGCCCUGAACUCCAGUUACAGUUCUCCAAUGACAUCUACAGCACCUAUAAUCUGUUCCCACCGAGGCUGCUGAGCGAUAUAAAGACAACUGUGGUUUACCCUGCCACAGAGAAGCACCUGAAAAAGUACUUACGCCAGGACCUCUAUUUGGUCCGGGAGACUGGGGACGAUUACAAGAACAUCACUCUACCCUAUCUGGACUCACAGAGCCUCAGCAUCCAGCUCCCUCUCUCUGAGCUGGGAUGGGGAGUUUUGACUGUUGGUGCCAAGAGUAUGAAAAAGCAGAGAAGGGGAAAGAAGAGGUAUUUGAGCAAGUGGGUGUAUAAUAUUCUGGAGAAGAAGGCCGAGGCUGAUCGGAUUGUAUUUGAGAACCCAGAUCCUUCAGAUGGCUUUGUUCUCAUUCCUGACCUUAAGUGGAAUCAAAAGCAAUUAGAUGACCUCUACCUAAUUGCCAUCUGCCAUCGACGGGGGAUCAAGUCCCUACGAGAGCUCACUGGGGAACAUUUACCCCUACUCAGGAACAUCUUGCAAGAGGGGCAGGAGGCCAUCCAGCGGCACUACCAAGUGAAGGAGGACCAUCUUCGAGUUUACCUGCACUACCAGCCCUCUUAUUACCAUCUGCAUGUGCACUUCACUGCCUUGGGCUUCGAGGCACCUGGCUCGGGUGUGGAGCGGGCACACCUGCUGGCUGAUGUGAUUGAGAAUCUAGAACGUGACCCACACCAUUAUCAGCAGCGCACCCUUACCUUUGCCUUGAGGGCUGAUGAGCCUCUGCUUAAGCUCUUCCAAGAGGCAAAGAAGAGCUGAGGUGCCCACACAGAGGGGCUCUCCUUAGGGAGAUGAAGGGAAUUUUUGUUACUGUGUUGGGUUUUUAAAAUAUCUUUUUGUACUGGUUUGUUUUCUGUAUCAAUUAAUAAAAUUUCUGGUUUACUA